AUGAGUUGGGAUGGGUUUAAAAAGGCUAUUAAUAGAGCCGGCAAUAGUGUUCUUAUAAAAGACAUAGAUAAAGCCACAGAUAAAGAAUAUGAUAUGGAAGAACGUAGGUAUAGAAUCCUUCAAAAAGCUGGGGAUGGUUUACAAAAGGAGGCUAAGGGUUACUUAGAUUCUUUAAGAGCAGUCACUGCAUCCCAAGUCAGCAUUGCUGAAGUCAUAUCGAAUCUUUAUGAUGAUUCAAAAUAUAUUAGUGGUGGGGGGUAUAAUGUUGGUAAUUAUUAUCUACAAUGUGUACAAGAUUUCGAUAGUGAGACUGUAAAACAAUUAGAUGGUCCCUUUAGAGAAACUGUAUUAGAUCCAAUAACUAAGUUUUCACAAUAUUUCAAGGAAAUCGAUGAAGCCAUUAAGAAAAGAAGCCAUAAGAAACAAGAUUACGAGGCAGCUAAAGCCAAAGUUCGUAGACUUAUUGAUAAACCCGCAAAGGAUGUCACUAAACUGCCACGUGCAGAAAAAGAACUGGCCUUUGCUAAAGAUAUUUUCGAUAAUUUAAAUGAUCAAUUGAAGAUGGAAUUGCCACAAUUAGUGUCUUUAAGAGUUCCAUACUAUGAUCCAAGUUUUGAGGCUUUAGUUAAAAUUCAACUUAGAUUUUGUACUGAGGGUUAUACAAGGUUAGCCCAGAUUCAACAGUAUCUAGAUAUGCAAUCUAGAGAAGAUUAUGCUAACGGGGUUCUUGAUGAUAGAAUCGCUGACCUUCUACAACAAAUGUCAAAUUUAGAUAUUUGUGCAUUAGGUUUUAAGUAA